GCAGCCCAGUCCAUCCCCGCCCCACUAUAAAUCCCUAGGGCCGCUGGACUAGCAAGACAUUCAUGUAGUUCGGAUUCUGUGAUUUUGUGCGCCAAUUUUCUGCUGGGACAUCGAGGAAGACGGUUCACUGGAAAAGGGAGUCUCCACCUACACAGGAGUACGAUGUUAGGCUGGAAGGUGUGUCUGCUCGGCUUGUUUGCCCUACAGGCAGCUCAAAGCCAACUGCUUUUCCAAGAUGAAGUGGAGGAGCUUUCAAGGUCGCUGAACCAGCUACAAGUUCCAAAGGAAGCAAGGCGCCCGGAACGCGAGCACCACCAUCACACACACAUCUCUCGCUUAGAUGUUGCGUGCACAGACGCCGCCAUAAAAGUUAACUUAGAUUUUGAUGCUCCCUUCCACGGAGUAGUGUUCAGCAAGGGGUACUAUAAUGACCCCAAGUGCAGAUAUGUCGCGGAAAAUUCAGGCAGGAGUUCGUUUGAAUUCACAAUUCCGACAAGUGGUUGUGGCACGACUAAAGGAGCCACUGUGGACAACGUCAUCGUCAUCCAGACGGACGGCGUCGUGCAGGAAGUUUGGGACACAGCUCGCAAGUUGUCCUGCGCGACGACUGCUGCGGCAAUCAAGCAAAAGAAGGUCAUUUUCAAGCCCUUCGUGGUUGACAUGCUGGAGGUGGUUUCGGUCCCGACCGCAGGCGGCAAGUCGGUCGACUGUUGGAUGGACAUUCGCAAAGGGCAGUACCCAAACACUGCCGAGCUGGAAGAUAAUAUAAAAAUUGGCGAGACGCUGACAGUCCUGGUUUACUUGAAGGACGAGGCGAACCAAUACGAUCUGCGUGUUAGAGAUUGCUGGGCUUACGACAGCGAUAAAUAUGACGCGCUUGAAACUUCAAGUCUGCAGCUCUCGGAUUCUGAGGGUUGUCCUAAGAGGCACAAGUUCAUUCACUUCUGGCAAAAGACUUCAGAAGGUGACACGAUCAUCGCCUACAACAACCUAACCGCUUUCAAGUUCCCUGAUACGCCCCAAGUUUAUUUGACAUGCAACAUCGAGAUUUGCUCUGGAGGAUGCGAUGGCAGCUGCUCUUCUUCCAACGAAAUACCCAUCACGGUAACAACUCCGCAACCUUGUUAUCCGGGGUCGCCCAACCCUGCGUGCAUUUCGGUGACAACAACGCAGUUCACGAGGCCAGCUACUCGACCAACGACCGUGAGGCCAACGACCGUCUUCAGGUGCACGCCCGGCUCCACCGACCGGCGCUGUCCGCCCGAUUGUUACCCUGGCAGCAGGGAUCCACGUUGCCCCACCCCCACCACACCACGACCAACAACGCAGCGGCCGACAACACAAUUCAGGUGCACUCCUGGCUCAACUGAUCCCAGAUGCCCACCGAGCUGCUUCCCUGGCAGCAGCGACCCCAGAUGCCCAUCGACCACAACACCUCGUCCGACUACUCAAUUCGUUUGUACUUCUGGUUCAACCGACCCUCGUUGCCCACCCAAUUGCUACCCUGGCAGUAGAGAUCCUCGCUGCCCUACUCCAACAACUCAACGACCAACAACGCAAUUCAGGUGCACACCUGGUUCAACCGACCCUAGGUGUCCCCCAAGCUGCUUCCCUGGAAGUAGAGAUCCCAGGUGUCCCACGACUACAACUCCCCGUCCAACGACGCAAUUUGUUUGUACUUCAGGUUCAACCGACCCUCGCUGCCCACCCAAUUGCUACCCUGGCAGUAGAGAUCCUCGCUGCCCUGCUCCGACAACUCAACGACCAACAACGCAAUUCAGGUGCACACCUGGUUCAACCGACCCUAGGUGUCCCCCUAGCUGUUUCCCUGGAAGUAGAGAUCCCAGGUGUCCCACGACUACAACUCCCCGUCCAACGACGCAAUUAGUUUGCACUUCAGGCUCAACCGACCCUCGCUGCCCACCCAAUUGCUACCCUGGCAGUAGAGAUCCUCGUUGCCCUGCCCCAACAACUCCGCGACCAACAACGCAGAGGCCAACAACUCAAUUCAGGUGCACUCCUGGAUCAACUGACCCCAGGUGUCCCCCAAGCUGCUUCCCUGGCAGCAGUGACCCUAGAUGCCCGAAGACAACGACUCCCCGCCCGACAACUACAUUCGUUUGCACUCAAGGUUCAACCGACUCUCGCUGCCCACCAAACUGCUACCCCGGCAGUAGGGAUGUCCGCUGUCCCACUCCACGACCAACAACGCCAAGGCCAACAACUCCACGACCAACUACACAGAGGCCAACAACACAAUUCAGGUGCACUCCUGGCUCAACUGACCCCAGGUGUCCCCCAAGCUGCUUCCCUGGCAGCAGUGACCCUAGAUGCCCGAAGACAACGACUCCCCGCCCGACAACUACAUUCGUUUGCACUCAAGGAUCGACUGACCCUCGGUGUCCACCAAACUGCUUCCCCGGAUCAACUGAUCUCCGCUGUCCUAAAUCCACGCCUGCACCAGAAUAUUUGCCGGCUUGCGGACCAAAUGACUUGAGCUGCAGGCCUCCAACGACUCAGACGACGAGACGGCCAACAACUCAAUUUGCGUGCACGCCAGGAUCAAACGAUCCACGUUGCCCUCCUAACUGUUACCCUGGAAGCAGAGACCCCAGAUGUCCGCAAACUACUACAACGAGAUUUACAACAACGAGGCCACCUACAACACAGUUUAGAUGCACACCAGGUUCUAGUGAUCCUCGGUGUCCCCCUAAUUGUUACCCUGGAAGUAGGGAUCCCAGAUGUCCGCAGACAACCACUCCUAGACCCACAACAACGCAAAGGACAACAACCCCAUUCAGAUGCACGCCAGGUUCAACUGAUCCUCGCUGUCCGCCCAGCUGUUUCCCAGGAAGCAGUGAUCCUAGAUGCCCACAAACCACAACGCCGCGUCCAACAACACAAUUUGUUUGCACUCCAGGAUCAACUGACCUGAGAUGCCCACCUAACUGUUAUCCUGGAAGCCGCGAUUCCAGGUGUCCGCAAACAACGACUCCGCGACCAACAACAACACAAAGAACUACGACUCAGUUCAGAUGUACACCAGGAUCAUCUGACCCUCGUUGCCCGCCAAACUGCUACCCUGGCUCUAGAGAUCCUAGAUGUCCUUCCACCACUACACCUAGGCCUACCACAACUACUCGAAGAACUACAACUCAGUUUGUGUGCACACCAGGCUCAACUGAUCCUCGCUGCCCGCCCAAUUGCUACCCUGGAAGCAGGGAUCCUCGCUGUCCAACUCCGACAACUCAGAGACCUACCACGCCAUUUAGAUGCACUCCCGGCUCAACUGAUCCCAGAUGUCCCAGACCAACCACCCCUGCCCCGGGAUACUUGCCUGCUUGUGGGCCAAACGACCCCAGUUGCAGACCAACACCAGAGUUUACAACACCAAGGCCGACACCCAGGCCAACUCCAAGACCCACAACUCAAUUUGUCUGCACUCCAGGAUCUACUGACCCAAGAUGCCCUCCAAAUUGCUACCCUGGCAGCCGUGACAUCAGAUGUCCCACGACUACUACUCAAAGACCAACGACGCAAUUCAGGUGCACUCCAGGCUCAGUUGACCCUCGUUGUCCACCAAGCUGUUUCCCUGGAAGCAGCGACCCUAGAUGUCCUACCACAACAACUCCCAGGGCUACCACUCAAUUUGUUUGCACUCCUGGCUCCACUGACCCUCGUUGCCCACCAAACUGCUACCCUGGAAGCAGAGACCGGCGGUGUCCUACCACCACUACACCAAGACCAACCACUACUACCCGUAGAACCACGACACAAUUUGUUUGCACUCCAGGCUCCACCGAUCCACGUUGUCCGCCUAGCUGCUACCCUGGUAGCAGAGACCCGCGGUGCCCGACGCCAACAACUCCAAGACCAACCACAACCACUAGAAGGACCACUACACAGUUUGUGUGCACUCCAGGAUCCACCGAUCCUCGAUGCCCGCCAAACUGCUAUCCUGGAAGCAGAGACCCAAGGUGCCCAACCCCCACUACGCCAAGGCCAACCACAACUACUCGUAGAACCACUACACAGUUCGUCUGCACUCCAGGAUCAUCUGACCCUCGUUGCCCACCCAAUUGCUAUCCUGGAAGCAGAGACCCACGGUGCCCAUCACCCACUACGCCUAGGCCGACAACUACGCAGUUUGUUUGCACUCAAGGCUCAACUGACCCCCGAUGCCCACCAAACUGCUAUCCAGGAAGCAGAGACCCAAGGUGCCCAACACCUACUACUCCUAGGCCGACAACUACGCAGUUCGUUUGCACUCAAGGCUCAAAUGACCCCCGAUGCCCACCAAACUGUUAUCCAGGAAGUAGAGACCCACGGUGUCCCACUACAACAACUCCUAGGCCAACAACUCAAUUUAGAUGCUCGCCUGGAUCAACUGAUCCUAGGUGCCCCCCUGUUUGCUCACCAGGUUCUGUAGAUCCUCGUUGCCCUAAAUCAACCCCCGCCCCAGGUUAUCUGCCUGCUUGUGGACCUAACGAUCUAAGCUGCAGACCGACUCCAACGUUUACGACGCCCAGACCAACGACCCAAUUCAUUUGCACGGCAGGAUCCACGGACCCACGUUGCCCUCCUAACUGCUUUCAAGGAAGCAGAGAUCCCAGGUGCCCCACCACAACUACACCAAGACCAACAACCCGAUUUGUUUGCACACCUGGUUCUACCGACCCUAGGUGCCCGCCAAACUGCUUUCCAGGCAGCCGCGACCCACGGUGUCCAACCCCGACAACGCCACGACCAACCACACAAUUUGUUUGCACACCUGGCUCCACUGAUCCACGCUGCCCACCUAACUGCUACCCAGGAAGCAGAGACCCGAGGUGCCCAACCACAACUACACCUAGGCCAACGACCCAAUUUGUCUGUACACCUGGAUCAACUGACCCACGCUGCCCACCAAACUGCUUUCCCGGGAGCCGCGAUCCAAGGUGUCCAACCACGACGACACCAAGGCCAACAACCCAGUUUGUGUGCACACCUGGUUCAACCGACCCAAGGUGCCCUCCGAACUGCUUUCCCGGGAGCCGCGAUCCACGGUGUCCAACCACGACGACACCACGACCAACCACACAAUUUGUUUGCACACCUGGCUCCACUGAUUCACGCUGCCCACCUAACUGCUAUCCAGGAAGCAGGGACCCGAGGUGCCCGACCACAACCACGCCUAGGCCAACAACGCAGUUUGUUUGCACGCCAGGUUCCACUGACUUGAGGUGUCCUCCGAAUUGCUACCCUGGCAGUGCCGACCCCCGUUGCCCUCGUCCAACCACUAACCGCCCGUCCACUCCCGCCCCUGGCUACCUCCCAGCCUGCGGCCCUAAUGACCCGUCCUGCAACCCUUCACCACCGAUUGUUCAAGAGGAUUUGCCAGAAGGGUGCUCGGUUAAUCCUGUUGGCGGAGUGACGUGCCAGGACGAUGCAUCGGCCCUCGACCCAUCACUGGCGCUGCCCCCUAGGUGCUUCCCCGGUUCUAAUGACCCGCGGUGCCAAGAAAGUUCUCAACCAAAGCCAAAUGUUGUACGCCCUCAAACCAACAAACCCACACACAGUGGAAUCCCAGAAAACCAUCCCUUCCACAUGUGGCAAUUCGAAAGAGGUCCAGGUCAUAAACGCCCUUUUGGGAAGAGGUCUAUCAGCAAACGAGAAGUUAAAGAUCAAAGCCCACAAAUAGUCUCGUUGACUAUGGGUCUCAAAGGUCUCCAUGUUAAUGACGACCAAGUCAAAUCACGCUAACAGGAGUCUGUAAAUGUUACAAGUUGAAGUAAAUGCCAAUAAAUCCAUUUCAUAAUAA